AUGUGCCUAACAUUCAAUCCACAAGAACCCUUGUACAAACUUAAAAUUAACUUUGAUUCCAAGAAUCCCAACACUGAAUUGAUUGUACAAGGAUUUGAAAUUAUCAAAAGAAAGCAAGAAACACAUAUAGCAAAUUGUAUACUUCCUGAAUCAACAAGUGAACCCGCAAUUACCAAAGCUAUUAAAACACUAUGCAAGAACACAACCAUCAAAUUCGAAAAAGAGAGACUCCGUAUUAAGAAAAAGGUAAAAGAUACCUACUCAUACCUAAUUGUUGAAUACAAGCUUAAUGACAUCAAUGAAUUGAAUAGACUAACCUCAACAAGAUUUAUUUGCUCCACAGAAUUGAAACCAAUUUCAAGACAAUUCAAGCCAAAGUCAACCGCUUGA